AUGUGCGUUGCCCAGCAGCAAUCGGGACAUGGUAUGACUGUGUUCGUCAACCAAACCCAGCAAGGCGAUUCUGGUGGCGCCCACCGAAUCUCUGCUCAAAAGAGAAUUACAGUCAAAAAUAACCACAGCCCCGGGAAUCACCCACUCAAUCUUAUCGGGAAGGAUAACGGUACCCGCCUUCUUGAUUAUUUUGUCUCUUUUAUUCAGCAGAACAUGUUCACGACGGGCUUCUCAUCAAUACUUCCGGACCUGCUUCCCCUAAUUUCAACUUCCCCACUUUUGUAUCAUGCAGUGAUUGCGGUUGGUGCUUUGAAUGCGAACCGACAGACAGGUGGACGAGCAUUACAGGGAGAGAAACCCCCCUUUGUGGAUGCCAUGACCUCUUACCAUAAAUCAAUUGGUAUUUUGCGGUCGUGUGUCGAAAAUGAUAAUGUGAUGCAAAGAGAGGACGUUCUCUGGGCCACAUUCUUUCUGGGGUUGUUCGAGUUGCUCUCAGAUGAUUCAGGUGAAGGCUGGGUAAAGCACAUGCUCUAUGGAACAUCAAGAAUGCUCCAACUUGCAGGACCAAGCCAUUGCAUGUCAUCGCCUCGAAGGAUAUUCUACGACCUGUUUCGUAUCCUCGAAGCUAGCCGAGCAUUACUAUUUGGCGAAGAAACAAUUCUUUCUCAGGAAUCCUGGCUUCAACUCCAAAAAACUCUGUCCAGCACCGCCGCUCGGUGGGAGCCACUGGAGGAAAUUAUAACACUAAUGAUCCAGGCAUCGGCCUUCAGCCUACAAGCCGGUACUAUAAUUGAUAAUAUUUCCGAAGAAGAACGAUUCAAGGACCCGUCAGUUGCUCUGAUUGGAAUUGAAGGACUCAAUAUCCAAGAAACCAUCUAUAACUGGCACACAAAGACGUUGCUGCAGAUGGCCCAAGAUGGUCCUAGCGAAUAUUCAAACUUAGCAUUGCUAUAUUACCACGCUCUACUAAUAUUUCUCUCCGGCAACUAUGACUAUUUCCCUUACUGGAACGAUAUCCCAGCCCCGGUGUUAUCCCUAGCUGAAAUUUCCGAACACCUGAGUUCGAUCCUGUAUCUCUCAGGCGAGGUGUUGCACCACUCCAAGAUUCCGGGAGUGAUGUUGUUUUUCCCAGUCACCGUUGCAGGAGCUCGAGCCCGGAAAGUUGACCAACAAUCCGAAAUCUUGAAUCUGCUCGAUCUGGUCGCCAGGAAUGGAUUCGUGGUCGCAAAUAAGAUACGGGGUGGUUUGCUGGAACGGUGGGGCGAGAGAAAUCGGGAAGAGAGAAAGCAUCUUCCCGCAUGA